UAGCCCACAGCGAAGAUGAGCUACGGAGACCACUACCCUUCGUCAUCCUACCGGAAGAUUUUCGGGGAUUCGUCCAGGUUUCCAGUCUCGUCCUCCCGCAUGAGCAGCGGCUCACCUCGGAGCUCCCCGGGCUUCAGGUCCCUGGCUGCGCACCGCAGCAGCGCCUCCUCCCUGGGCCUGUACAGACGGGCGGGCCGGCCCUCCACCUCCCUCUCCGUGGUGCCGACAGACUGUGUCGACUUAACCCAGACCUCCGUGGUCAACAAUGAAUACAAAGUCAUCCGGACGAAUGAGAAAGAGCAGCUGCAGGGUCUGAAUGAUCGCUUCGCCAUGUUCAUUGAUAAAGUGCGGCACCUGGAGCAGCAGAAUAAAAUGCUGGAGACGGAGCUGGUGACGCUGCGGCAGAAACAUGGCGAGCCGUCCCGCGUGGCUGAUCUCUACAAGCAGGAGAUGCGGGACCUGCGGGCGCAGCUGGAGGAGCUGAGCACCGAGAAGAACCGCAUCCUCGUCGAGAGGGACAACAUGGAGGAGGAGCUGCAAAAACUCAGUGUGAAGUACGAUGAGGAGGUGAGGGCACGGGAGGAGGCUGAGCAGACCCUGAAGGUGUUCAGGAAGGAUGUGGACAACGCCGCAGUGGUUCGAUUGGACCUGGAGCGCCGCGUUGAGUCGCUGCUGGAUGAAAUCUCUUUCCUGAAGAAAGUGCACGAUGAGGAAAUCCAGGAGCUGAGCAUUAUGAUGGAGGCAGCACAAGUCUCUGUGGAGGUGGAGCUCUCCAAACCAGACCUCACCUCGGCUCUGAAGGAGAUCCGCAAUCAGUAUGAGUCCAUCGCCUCAAAGAACCUGCAGUCGGCAGAGGAGUGGUACAAAACUAAAUUUGCCAGCCUGAACGAGCAGGCCACCAGGAGCAAUGAGGCCAUGCGGGCCAGCAGGGAGGAGAUCGGUGAGUUCAGGAGGCAGCUGCAGGCCAAGACCAUCGAGAUGGAGACCCUGAGGGGCACCAACGAGUCUCUGGAGCGGCAGAUCAGAGAAAUGGAGGAGAUGCACAAUGCUGAAAUUGGAGCCCUGCAGGACACUAUUGGCCACCUGGAUAAUGAGCUGAGGAACCUCAAGGGGGAGAUGGCCCAGCAUCUGAGAGAGUAUCAGGACCUGCUCAAUGUCAAGAUGGCCCUGGACAUAGAGAUAGCUGCCUACAGGAAACUGCUGGAAGGGGAGGAGACUCACUUCAGCUCUGGGAUUGCAUUCGGUGCUGUCGGCCCCGGUAUGAGCUACAGCUUCCAGUCCCGGACCUCAGCGGGCUCCUCCACCAGUGGCAGCCGGAAGGACAAGGAUACCCGCAAGGAAGGCUACAAGGAGAUCAGUGAAGAGAAAAAUGAGUCAGACAUCAACUCCAACAAUUAAAGAGGGAAAGUAACAAAAAGAGAAAAAGCACGUAUGCAUAGAGAGAGUUCAAUGUUCAUAUAUUUACAUAAGUAUAAGGUAUACAACAGGCACAUGAAACUAGGAUUAGACCAAUAUACAGUAUAUGGGCUUUUGAAGGAGGAUACUGAAAACAGCUGCUCCUAGUUCAUAUUUUGUGCUGAUAUUCAAUACAUUUAUUUUGCACUAUUUUCACAGUGAAACCCAAUUAGAAACAAAAAACAAAAAACAAAAAAAACAAGUGCUCAGUGUUUCCUAUACAUGUUUAGUAUUAUCAAAAUGGAAAAGCCUUUAGAUUUUGCAUUUAGAAAAUCAUGGGACAGAAAAGCUCUCCACUGAAAUCAAUGGAGAGUUUUAAUCUUUUUGAGGUGGGUUGUCUGCUUCUUAAAGGGACAGUAUAGUUCACCCAGAUAUAUAUAUAUAUAUAUAUAUAUAUAUAUAUAUAUAUAUAUACACCCCCAGUUGUUACAUAGGACAGUAGUGGU